CCAAAGCAAGCAACCAUUUCGCCGCUCUCCGAAUUCGAAAGGAGAGCCUCGCCGUCGCCGCCUCUCUUCGUCCUCCCUCCGCGGCGAGCCAAGCCAAGCCGCCAUUGCUGCCGCGCUCCUCCGCCGCGUCAUCCCCUCCCCUCCCCCUCCCUCUCGACCACCCUCCAGCGGCUUCCUCCCACCGUCUCCUCCCCGCCGGAGUCCGGAGUCCGCCGCCGAUGGACCCCGCGGCGCCGGGGAGGUUCGACGCCCUCCAAAAGUCGUUCAAGAGCGCUUCCAGGUGCCUCCUCACCGCGUGCUCCCGCGAGGUUGUCAACAGGGCUUUCCCGUCGUUCACGGAUGCUGAGAGGGAGCGUCUGUACCGAAUGCUCACCCGCGUGAUGAAGGCUAUGCAUGCCAACAUAGAGGAGGAGUUUGACGAAGUCUGCGAAGAAAGACAGGUUGCUGCUGCCCUUGAAAAGAUAGAUGACUUUGAUGAAGAGCAAAAUCUGGAUGCAUUAGCUUUGGAGAAGACCAGCAUUGAAGAAAUCGAAGAAAAGGUAUCAAGGGCAAAGAAAGAUGAAAUUGAACAUUUGACAGGUUUACUGAAAAAGGUUGAAGAAGGUAACAAUGUCAUGAGAGCUCAAAUUGAACUUCUGAAGAAAGGAGAGGAUUCAACCGCAUCAAGAGAUGCCCUCAAUAAACUGACCCAACUGAAUUCUGCAUUGGGUGCGUGAACAAUGAUGGUUGAGCCUGUCUGAUGAUCACUCAAUGGGAUCUUCUGUAUAGGGGUGUGGUAGAUGUUACUCAUAUAUGGGAUGAUAAGUGUUUCAGGAAUCAACCAGGAUGCUAUCUGAUGAUUCAAGAAUCGUUAUGAAUUCUAUGUACCGUGUAACAAACACAGUUGUGUUUUGGAUAUGAACCUUAGAGAUCCUGCAGUUGUUUCUCUUAAGUCACGCAUCACUUUUGGAUCGCUUCAGUUCCUAAAAUCAGCAUUCAGAGUUUUUGAUCCUCCA